AUGGCGCCGUCGUUAGGAACAACGCUAGGGAGACUUUUGCCGUCGAGGAAGAGGGAUUCGAUGAAGGUGAAGAGUGGAGAUGGGGAGAAGGUGAAGAGGGGAGAUAGGGAGAGUGUCGAGGAGAAUGCAGAGAAGAGUGUCGAGAAGAACGAACAAAAGAACGCCGAAAAAAGUACAUCGAACACCGCCAACGCAUCGAACACCGCCAACGCAUCCCCAGAAACCACCCUCCGCACCCAACUCCGACGUGCCCAAUCCUCGCACCUCGCCUCCCAAACCGAAUCUCCCACCCAACGCAACGCAUACGGAGUCCUCUCCUACUCCGAAUCCCCAACAAACCCACUAUCGUCCAUCCCCUCCCUCGCCUCCCCUUCUCUGCUCGGCAAAACCGUAGAUCUCCGCGCGCGAAUCCACACCAUCCGCGCCGUCUCCGCGUCGUUGGUGUUUAUCCUCCUUCGUCAGCAACUAGACACCAUCCAAGGUGUUUUAAGCGUCUCAGAGGAAGGCCCGACAGAACACAUGGUGCGGUGGGGGUCGAGACUCGAGGAAGAGAGUAUCGUGCACGUGAAAGGGGUAGUACAGCGUCCCAAAGACGGGCAAGUACAUUCCACGUCGAUACAUACGCUGGAAUUGAGGAUUGUGGAAUUGCAUGUGGUGAGUGGGGUAGCGGAGCCUGUGCCGUUUAGUGUGUAUGAGGCGGAUUUGAGUGCUGCUGCUGCGUCUUCCGGGAAGGAGGAGGAGGAGGAGGACGACGACGAGGAGAGGUUAAUGCCAUUCAUCCCUGACCGAUCGCGGCUGGCGUCUCGAAUCAUCCACCUCCGCUCUGCAUCUGCACAGUCUAUUUUCCGUAUCCAAUCCACUGUCUCCAUGACCUUUCGUUCCCACUUGUCUCAAUUAGAGCACCUCGACGGCACCGGUCUCGACUUUGUCCUCUCCUUACACAACCUCUUCCCCCCCUCCUCUGUCUCCAUCCCCGGCGGCUUCCUCGAAAUCCACACCCCCAAACUGCAAGGCGGGGCCUCCGAAUCCGGCGCCUCCGUUUUCAAACUCAAAUACUUCUCCCGCCUCGCCUUCCUCGCCCAGUCCCCGCAGCUCCCCAAACAAAUGUCCGUCUCCGCCGACUUUCCCGGGGUAUUCGAAGUCGGGCCUGUCUUCCGCGCCGAGAACAGUAACACCAAACGCCAUUUGACGGAGUACACGGGGCUGGAUGUGGAGAUGAGGGUGGGGAGGGAGUAUCAUGAGGUUAUGGCGGUGGUGGAUGCGGUGUUGAAGGCGAUUUUUGGGAGUGUGUACGGGGAGAGGAAGAGGGAGGUGAAGGUGGUGAAGGAGCAAGGAGGGGGAGGGGAGGAUUUGGUGUGGUUGGAUAGGACACUGGUUAUGGCGUUUGCGGAUGGGGUGCAGAUGUUGAUUGAGGACGGGUACGUGGAAGAGGACACGGGGUGUCCACCACGCAAAGACCAGGAUUUAACCACCCGUGCGGAAAUCAGACUCGGACAACUCGUUAAAUCGAAAUUCCACACCGAUUAUUACAUCCUUGAUCUCUUCCCGCAGAGUGCUCGUCCGUUCUACACCAUGCCUGCCGACCCAACCACCCAAUCCCACCUAAACACCCUCCACCCCACAUGUGGACCCCUCACCCACUCCUUUGACAUAUUUCUCCGCGGACAGGAAAUCACCACCGGUGGACAGCGGAUCCACUCGUACCCGCACCUCCUACACUCCAUGUCCCUCCUCGACAUCAGCCCCCGCGGACUCGAAGAGUACCUCGACGCUUUCCGGUGGGGCGCACCCCCGCACGGCGGCGCAGGGAUCGGGCUGGAGAGGCUGGUGAUGUUGAUUUUGGGGGUAAAGGAUAUUCGGUACGCGAGUAUGUUCCCGAGGGAUCCGAGGAGUUUGAUGGAGCCACCGAAAGGGCUGGAGGGGGUAAGGCAUUUGGAGGCGGAUACAUUGGGGGUGGCACAACCCACAGCUAUCCAGUGUAUUUGUCGUCCGAGGGGUUCUCAACAACCAACCGUGUCCAAACGACGGUCCCUGCCCACGAUACCCGCGCUGAUAGCCAACUACGGGGACGCAGCCAACACCUCCUGGCUAGACGAUAGGUAUUUGGUGUGGAGGGAUGUCAGUACAGGGGCUGCUAUUGGAUUCGUCCCAUCCUCAUCUGGAUUCGCGAUCAUCGUUGGUGACCCGCUGUGUGAUAGAUCCCAGUACUCUGCUGUCGUGGGGAGGUUCUUGGGGUGGUUGAAACGUGGGGAACAGGACUACAACGACAAUAACCACAACAACGACAACCACAACAACGACGACGAUGGUCAUGGGGGUCACGCCCACUAUGGGUACGUGGAGAGAAAGAGGAUUGGGGGAUGGGAUGAGAAGAAUUCGAAUACCAAUACCAAUACCAAUACGAAAGAGAAAGAAAAAGAAGGUCACGCGGUGUCAAAAACAUCCACAUCUACAUCUCUAAGUGAAGGGAUUAAAGCGUUUUUACAACCCACCUCAUCCCCUUCCCCCAAAUCCCCCCACUCCUCCCAAAACACCACCCCUUCCCCCUCCUCCCCCCACUCCCACUCCCCCUCCUCCCACCCCUCCCCCACCCACGUCCACCCCUCCCCCCUCCCUCCCCUCAAACCAAUCUGGCUCCUCGCCUCCUCUCACCUCGAACACACCCUCGGCACGCGCCUCUCCUGGUCCUCCUUCACCUGUGUCGCCGAGAGCCGCGUCGAGCUCUCCGGGGAGGUCCCUGCCGCGCUCCAGGAGAAGGAGGUGGCGCGGAAGGUGCGGAAGGCGGAGGGAGAGGGGGUGGCCCACGGGUUGGGAGGUGGAUGGGGAGGGAUGGGUUUGGAGUUGGGAAAGGAGAAGGGGGGGAGCAUGCCCCUCUCACUAAAACACACCAUCGACGCGCGGAUCCGGGAGUGGCGCGACUCGCGCGCGGCGAAGGGGGGGCAGGUGAGGUUGACGGAGGUGGAGGUGUGGAGGGAUUAUGUGCAUAGGGAGUAUUUUGUUGCUUUGGCGCCGAGGAAGAGGGGGGAGACGAAGGAUGAGGACGAGGGGAAGGACAACGACGAGGAGGGAGAGAAAGAGGGGAAAGAGGAUGUGGAAGGGACGAAGGACAAGGAGAAUAAGGAAGGGAAAGAAGGAAAGGAACCAGAACUAAUCCCAGUAGCUCUCGUCGUCUUACACCAACUCUCUCCCAUGUACGGGUUCCAAGUGAAAUACGCCCUGGAUUUCCCGUCGACGGAGAGGUGGAGGACUGGGAGUACGAGUGGUGCAAUCGAAUCAGCACUCAGCGCAGCAAUGCGCGCAGUCGCAUCCACCGGGAGCGGCCGCCUCACAUUCGGAACGAGCGCCACGAGUCGGUUGACGCCCGUGCGUGGGGUGAAGGGCGUGAGAGUCAAGAUCCUCUCCCACGCCUACGAAGCCAUCUCCGAACGCAUGUCCCUCCGCUCCAAGGGCGACUUCCGCAAGAAAAUGGGCGCCGAGGAGGAGGAUGUGUAUAUCUGUUAUCCCCGUGGUGGGUUGGGGGGGAGAGGGGCGAAGGCGGUGUUGGAUUUUUGUGUUGCGGAGAGUUAGAGUGGUUUGGGGAAGGUUGGAGUUAGGUUGGAUAGGUGGGUGGGGGUUGGGAGGGAGGUUGUUGCUGAUACCGAGUUUUGUUUUGUUUCUUGUUUCUUGUCACGGCGACCACUAUCCCCACUGUUGUGUUACGUCUAUUUCUCCUUGUGCUUGUUUCUCCUUGUGCUUGCUUGCUUCGAAUUCGAUAUACAAAUCCCAAAUAUAUAAUCCCCCCCUUCUUACAUAUGAUAUAUACAUAAUCCUCUCUAAAUUUCUUUAGUCGUUUCAUGGACCUUUCUCAUAUUUCAUACCUCGUAUUUCAUACAUCUCACCUCGCACCUCGCACCUCGCACCUCUCACCUCUCACCUCGCACCUCGUAUUUAGUACCUUGUGCUUAGUACGUAGCAGAUACAUGUUACUUAGUAUACCAUUCUUCGAAUACAAUAAACGAAUCAUCCACG